AUGCUCGCCCGCCAGCAGCGGCUGCCCGGCUGGGCCGGUCCGAUGGCGGUGCUGCUCGUCGUGCUGCUGCCCGCGGUAACGCAGGCCUUCUCGGGGCUCUGGCGAACGCUGGAGCCGGAGCGCCAGCAGCCGUGGCGGCGGCUGGACGUGGCGCCCUCCAGCCCGGUGUUCCAGCAGGCCGCCCGGGCCGCCCUGCACUACUUCAACUACCGCGCCGCCUCGCCCAGCACCUUUCGAACCCUGAAACAAGUGCGCAGCGGCACCGCGUGGGUCAAUGCAAAAAAAGGACAGAGGUUUGACAUGGAGUUUACCAUAGAGAGCUACAAGCCAGAGUUAAAUGAGGAGCGUCUGGGCACAUGCUCUGCCCUGGUGAUCUUCAAGAAUCAUAAGCCCAAACCCACAGUCAACAUAACCUGCACACGACUCCUAGAUGAGAAGGAAAGAGAGCAAAAGGAUUAUGUAUUGUACAAGCAGAUGAAGCAGCUGAAAAGACCCCCCGACGGGACCAGAAUCCCAGGCAACCUUGGCCAUAUGGACUCAUCUCUGCAGCCCAUGUGGGACUUGGCCAUGGUCGGCAGCUCUUACGUGAUGUGGGAGAAGACGUCGCAGUCAUUAUACUAUUAUAUGAUGCAGCUCAGUGGGGUAAAGCAAUGGAUAACAAGAGGUGAUUUUAUCAAUUUCAACUACACCGUCCUACUCCAUGAAUUUUCAACCCAGGAGAUCAUUCCCUGCCAGAUUCAUCUGCUCUGGUAUCCUGGCAAACCCCUUAAAAUACGGUAUCACUGUCAAGAUCCUGGGACACAAGAGGAAGGUUCUGGGAAUGGCGAAGGCUCAGCAGAGAACCCUACAGAGAUCCUUAGUAACUUCUGAAAGAUGGAAUGCCUACUUACUACACUUACACCAAAUUAAAAUGACCAUACUCAAAAGCUUCAGCUGCCAUCUGGUACCAUAACUGAGUAGAAUCAACUCCAGGGAUUCUGGAGAUGUAGGCGACGGAGUGAUUAAUAGUCAAUGUUCAGAAAACCCACAGUAUUUUUUUUCUUAAAUUAACUUCUGGGAACACAUGCCUGAUUCCAGUAACUCACGAGUGUACUUAAGUCCACUCAGAGCUACUCUGGGGCCACCUGAAUGUCAGGACUGGUUAAACCCAAAAACACUCCGCAUAAAGCUGGUAAGAAUUAACAGCUAACAGAGUAGAUGCUUCAGGCCGAAUUUCCUAUUCUCAAAAGCUUGUACCUAACAUUACUUCAAAAACUAUAGCUGAUUAUUUUAUACCACCCAAAUCUGAGAGUGUCCAUGCUAGUAGGGAAAUAAAGAUAAUCUAUUUCAAUAAAAGCAAACUGAAAGGGAACUAUCAAGCUGGGUUAGAACAAAGUUUGAGAUUUUUAAGGUUCCCAGAAGAAUGAUCUCUUCUUUAGCCUGAGAAUCGACGGUGAAAUAAAUAUGGUUACAUUUCUAAAUAAGA